AUGGUCGCUGCCGUAGAGAACCCCAACACGGAGCUCAGCCAGCAAUAUGACACUCCCCUCGGCCUGGCUCACUCGACCAUGCAGGCCCUCAAGGAUAGGAUCAAACUCCAUUACGACCUUGCCAGUGACUACUACCUGAGCCUUUGGGGUGAACACAUUCACCAUGGCUACUGGGAGGACGGCUCCGAGACCAAGGAAAAGGCCCAGGUUAACCUCAUUCAACUGCUUCUGAAACUCUCAGACGUCGGCGAGAACAGCAAAGUCCUCGAUGUCGGAUGCGGUAUCGGCGGCACCACCCGGUACCUCGCAUCAACCCUGGGCUGUUCGGUCACCGGCAUCACCAUCUCGACGAAGCAGGUUGAGAUCGCCAACCGGCUAACCAAAGCCGAGGCGGAAAAGGACUCGGAAAAUCCCGACGUCGAGGCGGACAGUGACGGUUUCUUUCGCCUGGGCCGGGGCAGGGUCCGCUUCAUCGAGCUCGACGCCGAGAAGAUGGGCGAUUUCUUCGCCGCGGAGGGUGGUUCCUUUGACGCUGUUUGGAUCAGCGAGGCCCUGAGCCAUUUCCCUAACAAGCCCCUCUUCUUUGAGAACACGUUCAAGGUGCUCAAAACUGGCGGGAAGUUGGCGCUCGCAGAUUGGUUCAAGGCUGAGAGCAUAAACGAGACCGACUUUGUCAACGACAUCAAACCGAUUGAAGACGGUAUGCUGUUGCCGCCAUUGUGCACUCAACCAGAAUACGUCGGCUUAGCCAAGAGUGCCGGGCUUUCCACUCUGGCAGGGCCAAAAGACAUCAGCAAGGAUGUGAGCAGGACUUGGGAUAUUACCUGGUCUCUCGUUCAGAACCCAUCUCUUUGGGCCUUCGCUUUCAGUCAGGGGCGAGACGGUAUUGCCUUCUUGCAGUCUUUCCGCGCCAUGAGGCGGGGGUAUGCCAACGGCACCUUUCAGUAUGCCGUUAUGUCGUUUGAGAAGCCAGAAAAGAGCAUAAACUGA